AACAGAUGAAGCCACGACAGCUGAACCAGAUGAAGCCACGACAGCUGAACCAGUCACAACAGAUGAAGCCACGACAGCUGAACCAGUCACAACAGACGAAGCCACGACAGCUGAACUAGCUGUGGCCAUGACAACUAAUGAAGAGCUGACAACAACAUCUACUCCAGACCUGACAACAACAUCUACUACAGGCCAAGUGAUGACCAUCAACGAAGGUCUAUCUUGGCCGCUCUUUCCUCCUGGACCUGGUGUCGUUCCACGUGCUGUUACCGGUGAUGGAGGCUACACAAUGAUUCAGCUGAGCCAGCCACUACAGUACUUCAGUAGAAUGUACAACCAGUUAUAUCUCAGCAUGGACGGCUUCCUUUCUUUCACAUCCCUCUCCUAUGACACCUAUGUCCAACUUUCGAACAUUGAUAUCAUCGCUCCACUGUGGACCGAUCUUGACAUGUACACCAGAGGAGAAGUCUCCUAUGAGCAAGCCACAAGCGGUCCUCUUCUGCAGACAGCCACAAACGAAAUGAACCGGAUGUUCCCUGGUUUCACUGCUUCCUGGGUCUUUGUGGCCACGUGGGAGAAGAUGGAAUUCGAGCCUGAUACAGGAGAGGUGACUUUCCAAGUAGUCUUGGUCUCAGAUGUUCAAGGCCACAUUUUCAUUCUGAUGAACUAUGGUCCCAUUCCAGCUGUCAAUUCAGAACCCUGGAAGGCUGGCCUUCAGACACAGGAGAACUACCAAAAUUUCACCAUUCAGAUACCUCUCAGUGGCCUUUCUACAAGUACUAAUGUUGGAAUACCUGGUCGCUGGGCUUUCCAAGUUGCCGGUCCAACAUUUGGUUCAUCUUGGACACUCUUCCCACAUGGACCUGCCGUCGUUUCACAUGCUGUUACCGGUGAUGGAAAUUACAGACAGAUCCAGCUGAACCAGCCACUUCGCUACUUCAGUAGAGUGUACAACCAGUUAUAUCUCAGUAUGGACGGCUUCCUCUCUUUCACGCCCCUCUUCUAUGACACCUUCGUCCAACUUUCGAACAUUGAUAUCAUCGCUCCACUGUGGACCGACCUUGACAUGUACACCAGAGGAAACAUCUCCUUCGAGCAAGCCACAAGCGGUCCUCUUCUGCAGACAGUUGUAAAUGAAAUGAACCGGAUGUUCCCUGGUUUCACUGCUUCCUGGGUCUUUGUGGCCACCUGGGAGAAGAUGGAAUUCGAGCCUGAUACAGGAGAGGUGACUUUCCAAGUAGUCUUGGUCUCAGAUGUUCAAGGCCGCGCUUUCAUUCUGAUGAACUAUGGUCCCAUUCCAGCUGCUAAUUCAGAACCCUGGAUGGCUGGCCUUCAGACACAGGAGGACUACCAAAACAUGACCAUUCAGGUACCCCUAGGUAGCCUGUCUACAAGUACUAAUGUUGGAAUACCUGGUCGCUGGGUUUUCCAAGUUGCCGGGCCAGCAUUUGUUCCAACUACGAUGUUUCCCAUUAUGCCUUUUGCUAGUCGUCUUCCUUUCUAUGAUGGAGAUUCUAUUUUGGUCCAGCUUGACCGGCCAUUCACCUACUUUGGAUCAUCUCACACACAAUUAUAUUUCGGUAUGGAUGGUUUCCUGUCUUUUGAGUACAUCUACAGUGAUGGCUACUACUCACUGACAAACAAAGACAUGAUCGCCCCACUGUGGACCGACAUUGACACCUACUCCAGAGGAAAUAUCACCUACAAGCAAGCCACAAGCGGUCCUCUUCUCCAGCUGGCCACAUACGCAGUUAGGCGUUAUUUCCAAAAGUCAGACUUCACAGCUUCCUGGGUCUUCGUCGGCACCUGGGAUAAGGUGGAAUUCGAACCUGAUGUCGGGGAGGUGACUUUCCAAGUAGUCUUGAUCUCUGGUGAGGAUGACAGCUCUUAUGUCCUGAUGAACUAUGGGAACAUGCCUGCUGAUCCAGAGUCCUGGAUGGCUGGCUACAUGACGGCAAACAACGGCAAUCGUUUCACCAUUCAGGCAGCCAGUACCUCUGACCUGCGUAGAACCACUAACGUCGGAAUGCCUGGUCGCUGGGCUUUCGAAGUUAACGUUCCAUUCAGGCUGUUCUUCCCGGUUCUACCUGGUGCUGUCCGUGCUGUUACCUAUGAUGGAGGUAAUACACUGGUCCAGCUCACCCAGCCGUUCUCCUACUUUGGAAGAGACUACACACAAUUAUAUCUCAGCAUGGAUGGUUUCCUUUCUUUUGAGUCCCUCUUCUUUGACGGCUAUGUCCCAAUUUCAAACAAAGAUAUCAUCGCUCCACUGUGGACUGACAUUGACACUUACACCAGAGGAAACAUCACCUACCAACAAGCAACAAGUGGACCGCUUAUAGCACAAGCUACAGCAGAAAUUAGACAGAUGUACCCCGGGUUGGACUUCACUGCUGCCUGGGUCUUCGUUGGCACCUGGGAGAAGGUGGAAUUCGAACCAGAUUGGGGGGAGGUGACUUUCCAAGUAGUCCUGAUCUCUGAUGAAGACAGUGACGUCUCUUUUGUCCUGAUGAACUACGGUCAAAUUCCAAAUGAUCCAGAAGGCUGGAUGGCUGGCUAUCAGACAGAGGACAACGCCUAUCAGUUCAGGAUUCAGACGGCCAGUACCGCUGACCUGUCCAGGAGUUCUAAUGUUGGAAGGCCUGGUCGCUGGGCUUUCCGUGUUGAUGCCUGUGGGGUUCUGGACUGCAGUGCGAAUGAGGUGUGCGUAGCGAGAUCUGGAGUUUAUGGCUGUGCCUGUGCAAACAGCAAUCCUAGAUUCGAUCCUGACCAUUUUGAUGCCACUGAGAGUUGUGAUGGCACUACUAGGUCAGUGUCUCUGUCCCGCUGCCAGCUCUUUGAAGCUGGAUAUCCUGCAGAGGUCCUCCAUCUCAAUGAUCCCUCAUGCAAAGGGGAGGCCCAAGAUGGCAGACUGGUGUUCCAUUUUGAUAACAAUACUUGUGGCACUAUUCUGGAGGUUAAUUCAACACACUUCAUCUACCAGAACUCCAUUCAGUCAUUCUCGAGUGUUGGACCAAGGAGUGUGGUCAGUCGUGACAGCUGGCUGAACCUUAACUUCUCCUGUGUGUACCCGCUCAUCCAGAGCAUCUCUGCACCCAUGACCUUCCAGGCUAUCGAUAGUGUGAUCAGCAAGAACCUGCCAGGUACAGAGGGUACAUACCAGAUCCGCAUGGUGCCCUACAGCGAUGUUUCAUUCACCAGUCCUUUCUCCGGUACUGUCACACUUCAAGUGAACCAGCAGGUCUUCAUAUCUGUUGAGGUGGAUGGAGUCGACAGUCAGGUGUUCUCCACUGUGCUGGACAGCUGCUGGGCCACUCCCUACAAUGAUCCGAACUACUACGUCCACUGGGAUCUGAUCACUAAAGAGUGUCCUAACCCUAAGGAUGGCACAGUGGAGGUGUUGCAGAAUGGAGUCUCGAUAUCCAGCCACUUCUCUUUCAGGAUGUUCACCUUCACUGGCGUCAGUAAUUCUUUCUACCUGCACUGCAGGGUCCACCUGUGCCUGGUGGAUGGAGGUCACUGCACACUGCCGUGUGAUGAUGAUGAUGGUGAUGACGAUGAUGAGCAUCCCCUUGCCAGAAGACGCAGAUCUGUGGACUUCCAUGACACAACUUCCAUCAGCAUGAGCUUCUGAUUUACUUGGUUGACGCUUGCAUUUGUUGUUAAAGGGCUAUGCUAAAAUUUCUUUAUUUUCAUUGCUGUUGUUAAUUCCUAUAUGAAAUCAAAAGGUUACUACCUAAUUACUUAAUAACCGUUGAACACAAAUGAUCAUAAUUAAAUCAUAAUUAAACUGCAAUUUGUAAUUUCAAGAAUGUUUUAACAGUGGAAAUUUGGGUGUGAUUGUGGAGCCUUAAUUCUGUUGAAUUAUCAGUGAAAUAAACGUCUUAAGCAUU